CAGCUGCUUCGGUGUCUCUAUACAUUCCCACCACCUCCAUAUAAAUUUCAUCUUUCUUUAAUUUCUCCCUAGUCCUAUUCUUUCUUAUUCCUUUUUUUUUUGGUUGGAAGAUGGAAGGAGGGUCAUGUUGUUCAAGAAUAGAGAAAAGGCAAAAUAGCCAACAAGAGAAGCCAUAUAGAGGAAUUCGUAAGAGGAAAUGGGGAAAGUGGGUGGCAGAAAUAAGAGAACCAAAUAAAAGGACAAGAAUUUGGCUAGGUUCUUACUCUUCUCCAGUAGCAGCUGCUCGUGCCUAUGACACUGCUGUUUUUCACUUGAGAGGCCCUUCUGCUAAACUCAACUUCCCACAAUUCAUUGUUAAUAAUGAAAAUCAUCAACUUCACAACCAACUCUCUGCUUCUGAUAUUCGCAAGAAAGCUACUCAAGUUGGUGCCAAAGUGGAUGCUAAUUUGCAAACUGCAACCAAUUCUACUGAGUCCAACUGGUUAUCAAUGAGGCCAGACUUAAAUGAAUAUCCAACUCCAGAAACCUGGGAGGAAUUAGCUAUAUAAUUGAAGCCGCAGUUCUAUAUCUUUAAUUUAUGGCUAUAUAGAUGCUUGUGAUUCAUGUUCUAUGAACAUAAUCUGUAACUUUCAUAUAGUUGUACCUAUCCACAAGAAAUAACAACCCAACUAGCUAGCUAUAGCCAAUCUUGGUUUUAGUACUUAAUUUGCUGUUGGGAGUUUGUAAAGUUUGAUAUUUAACGUUGUUUUCUUUCUUUUCCCAA